CGCUGGAGUUUGCUUGUGAUUUACUCGUGCUCUCUCGCUUCACGAGAUUUGCUCCAAUGUCUUCUUCAGCUGCACAGAAGAAGGCAACCAAGGUCAAAGAAGGAAGAAGUAAAAGGGCGUAGAACGCUUUGUAUCAAUAUCGGAAGCGAGCAAGUCUUUCCUUCUCUCGUUGUCUGUCUGUUUCUCUCAUGCUUCCUAUUGCUCACGCUUGCGACGAAGAUGAUGAUUGAUGAAGACGACGGUUGUUUCUGUAAGGCUGUAACUGAACCACUCUCGCCUCCCUCCUCCUUCCCGCUACCUCACUUGGGAGUCCUCAGGAACCUUAACCAAAUGAAGACUGUCAUGCGGAAGUAAAGGGGAGGGGCGUUGCAGGUGUCGCCGGAAAACCAGGGAAGAUGGCGGAAAUUUUUGCUGGUGCAUUUGCUGGCGUUGCAGCACAAGAGUUGUGGAAUGUAAUCCAACGAGUGGCUGGGCAACAUAGUGAGUUUAAAGAGCAUUACAAACGGCUUGGAAGAGCGUUGAAAGGGUUAAGACCAGUACUGGACAAACUUUCGACGAAUCCGGAGCUGGAGGCUCUGUGCAGCGAGAUGACAAGGGGCGGAGAUCUCAUAAGCGAAUGUGCCCAAGUUUCCUGCUGGAACGUCCGCAAGCACGUCGACUACUCCAGGCGGCUGCAAGAGCUAGAAGAAGCGAUUCAGGAAAGCAGACGGACUGCGACUUUGAUGGGGGUUUUGGCUCUGAGCUCGAGGAUGGGGGAAAUAAAUUCCAAGUUGGAUAAGUUGCUGGGAGGAGACGAGGUGACUGGAAUUAUGUCAGGAGGUUCUGUUGCUGCUCUGCCUCCUCUCCCUGGUAAGGUCUUUGGGAUAGUGACGCCUCUGAAUGAGCUGAAAGAGAUAUUGAAGAAGCAUCAGGUGGUUGGCGUUUGUGGGAUGGGGGGUUCCGGAAAGACCACCUUGGUGAACAGCCUCUGCAGGGACCCAGAUAUCACAGGCUCGUUCGGUAAGAAUAUCUUCUAUUUCACGGUUUCGAGAUCGCCAGAUACACUGGACAUUCUCAAAAGAAUAUGGUCUCAGUUGCUUGGUGGAGAGGUGCCCAGGUUUGAAGACGUAAAAGAUGCUGUGAGGCAGAUAGCGCAUGGGCUGAGUGAGCAGCAAAUUAAGUGCUCUGGGAAUCGUUUGAUUGUCUUAGAUGAUGUUUGGUCUGAGAAGGAUCUGAAGAAUCUCUUGUUUAGGACAGAGCGUCUAAAAACCAUCGUCAUCUCUAGAGAAAAGAUGAAAAAGAAUAUAGUGGAUGAAAUUUAUCCAUUGCCAAAGCUGGAAAAGGAGGCAGCAAAGCAGUUAUUCUAUCAUGCAGCGGGAAAAACAUCACCGGUUUACACCAUGGCAGCAGAGCAGAUAAUCAAAAGAUGCGAUGGACUACCACUGGCACUAGAACAUAUAGGAGGAAGGCUAAACGGUGAACCCAUUGAAAAAUGGGACGGUAUUGCAGAAGACCUGCAAAAUAAAGGUGACAUUUAUAAAAGCGAGGAAGAUCUAUUCCGCGUUUUCUCUACCACAAUAGACUUCCUGUGCCAGCAGCUCCGGGACUGUUUUCUGGAUAUUGGUUCCUUUCCUGAAGAUAAAAGGUUGCCUGCAGCUUCCAUCAUAGACAUGUGGGUUGAACUAUACCACCUAACGGAGAAAAAGGCCUUUCUCAAACUUUUUGAACUUUCGGAGAAACAUUUGCUUAAUCUUACUUGGAGAACAAGGUAGAAGAUGCAGAAGAGGAAGAUUGAUUUAAGCAGAUUCCUUUCUGAUUCUUAAGUGACUUAAUUCCUGUCACGGAAAAUUCAUAGACGAUAUGAGAGAGAGGUCCCCUAACAAGAUGUUAAGGCAACAACAAAAUAUAAUGACAGAAUGUCACUGUAAAGUGUAAACUCGAAAUAGAUAGAGCAGUGUUCAAUAGAUACAGUUCAUCCAUUGUAUGAUGGAAGCACAUCACAAAAGUU